ACUCGUCAGUGUCAAGUCACUCGCGCUCAUUUCUUCCUCUUUGGGUUUCACUGCAUCUUCUUCUCGUUCUGCUUCAGCUGCUUGAGCUGCAACAUACAAAUAUACAAACAACAGUAUUGUAUUUUCAUCUUUUCAUAUCAUAGGCCAUUCAAUGGUAAUGGAUUCGCUGUUCUCUCUGAAACCCCACAGUGUCAAUGUCAAGCCACCCUCAUCCCUCUUCCUUCCUUUCCCUCCCAAGUUCCAGUCUCGUCGUACUCGCUUCCUUCUUCAGUCUUCCUCUAAGCAGGUUAAGAUUCGGUGCGAGUUUGAAGGGAAAGUGAAUGGCGCUCUUUCUGGCGACUUUGACCCUCGCUUCAUUGACCGGCAAAAAGCAUUGGAAGCAGCAAUGAAUGAUAUAAAUAACUCAUUUGGAAAGGGAAGUGUUACAAGAUUAGGCAGUGCGGGAGGAGCUUUGGUUGAAACUUUUCCAAGUGGCUGUUUGACGUUAGACUGUGCUUUAGGUGGUGGUCUUCCAAAGGGAAGAAUUGUGGAGAUAUAUGGACCAGAAAGCAGUGGGAAGACCACCUUAGCACUUCAUGCCAUUGCAGAAGUACAAAAGUUAGGAGGCAAUGCAAUGCUUGUGGAUGCUGAGCAUGCUUUUGAUCCAGCAUAUUCUAAAGCUUUAGGAGUGGAUGUAGAAAAUUUGAUUGUCUGCCAGCCUGAUCAUGGAGAGAUGGCUCUUGAGAUCGCAGAUCGCAUGUGUAGAUCUGGUGCCAUAGAUCUCAUUUGUGUGGAUUCUGUGUCAGCUCUCACUCCACGAGCAGAAAUUGAAGGUGAGAUUGGAAUGCAACAAAUGGGAUUGCAAGCUCGUCUCAUGAGCCAAGCUUUGAGAAAGAUGUCUGGAAAUGCCUCUAAAGCUGGUUGCACUCUUAUAUUUUUAAACCAAAUAAGAUACAAGAUUGGUGUCUACUAUGGAAAUCCAGAAGUGACAAGUGGUGGAAUUGCUUUGAAGUUUUUUGCCUCAGUUCGGCUUGAAAUACGUCCCACAGGGAAGAUAAAAUCCGCUAAGGGUGAUGAAGAAAUUGGCCUUAGGGUUCGUGUGAGAGUGCAAAAGAGUAAGGUAUCAAGGCCUUACAAACAAGCCGAAUUUGAGAUUAUUUUUGGAGAGGGUGUCGGCAAACUGGGAUGCAUUUUAGAUUGUGCAGAAAUCUUGGAUGUUGUCUCAAAGAAGGGCUCUUGGUACAGCUAUGGAGAUCAUCGGUUGGGACAGGGAAGGGACAAAGCAAUGCAGUACUUGAAGGAGAACCCUCAUCUUUUAGAAGAACUUGAAAAGGUUGUUCGGUCUUCAUUGAUAGAUGGAACUGGCCAAGCAGGCUUUGCAUAUGCCAGGAACAAACCACCAUCCCAUGAGGAUGAAAUUAUAUUUGAGGAAACUCCAUGAAGAACAAAUUCUUCUGGCAUUUCUGAUUAACUGGGUGAUGGAUUGUAAACUGAUGAAAAUUUCUUCUUCCAUGACAAAUGGAAGUCGAUGUGGUUUUGACGAUUUGAACACCAUUUGGUUGAACCAGGUUCAAUUGGGAAAUGUUCAUGCAGCUCAGGUGAUUUGAAUUGUACUCUCUCUUUGAUCGUAAGGGAAGCACAAGCAACACGGGGAGAAAUGAACAAGCAGAGAGAAAGCAGUGCAGAUAUUGUACUACUAACUCAUGACAUAUCAAAGAGUAAUAGAUCAUUCCAUUUUAUUUCCUUGA